CAUAGAGCCAACCUCUCUGAGACUCGAACUCCGAAGAAGAAAAAAGCUUAACCGCUUUCUCUUCUUCGAUUUUCUUUGACUCAUCCGCAGGUUUCUGGGCUUCAAAGAUCAGCGGAAUUGAUAUCCAUAUUCACUGAAACUCAAAUGUGAAACAUCAAAUUACGAGGUUUUAGAGUCUGGGAGUUCUUUAUGACUGCAGAGUAAGAGAUGGAAAAAAUUUGUGAAUUCUGCACAGCAUUGAGGCCAGUUGUAUAUUGUAAGGCCGAUGCAGCAUAUCUUUGCCUUUCCUGCGAUGCAAAGGUCCAUUCAGCCAAUGCACUUUCCAGUCGACAUCUGCGAAGCAUCCUAUGUGACUUGUGCAGGUACCGCCCAGCUUAUGUUCGGUGUACAGAUCACCGAUUGUUCAUGUGUCGCAGCUGUGACCGAAGCCAGCAUGAUGGCUCUUACCAGCAUCAGAAACAGGUAAUCAGCAGCUACGUGGGAUGCCCUACUGCUAAGGAUUUUGCAUCGUUGUGGGGUUUUGAACUAAAUGAAGCAGGCAGUAGUACUAGUCAAUAUUCACUUGUGUCAACUUCACGUGGUUCUGGGGAUUCCACCGUUGUAAAUUUGGAUAUUCCAGGACAAUCUAGCUCACAAAGUGGAGGCCUCUCAGUUUCAUCUAGAUUGAAUUGUGCAACCCUAGUCUCCGGAGCAGAAUCUGAAGUGGGAUCAAGCCGUCAACAAAGUAAGGUACAUAAAGUUAGACAGCAGCACACUAGCUAUAUUCUUCAACAGAUUCUUGACUUGAAAAGGCUGCAGAUCACUGAUGAGUCUAACCUUUCGCCUUUAAUACGUGACCAAGAACAACUUGACAUAUCUUCUUCAACACAUGCUCCAGAGAAGUUCAAUGAAAAUAUUGAUCAGCAUUUACAACAUUCCCAGGAUCUUAGCACUGAUCCUCAACAAAUGGACGAUUCACUUCAGGAGCUGAAAGCAGACACUUUGCCAUUCACAUUUUCUCAACAGGAGCAUUUGCCUUCAUCUUCAAAUAUUGGGCUUCCUUUGCAUGGAGAAUCCUUCUGGCAAUAUAAAAGUCCAGUUCAAAGUAGUCAGCUGUGGCCUCAAAUUAUACAAGACCUCGGGGUUUGUGAAGAACUUGUUUGUGAUGAUGAUUUCAACAUACCUGAUGUUGAUUUAACAUUCCUAAACUUUGAAGAACUAUUUGGAGGUGAUCAACUAUUUGGGGGUGAUCAAGAUCCAAUCAGGGCUAUGCAUGAUGAUAACGACGACAUGUGCUCUUCCUUAGAGAAGGAUUUGUCCCUUGACACCUCAGAUAACAGGCAUGCAAGUGCUAUGGAGGAUGCCUCGGUGGCUUCUUCUGUUCACAUCACUCCGUCGGCUCAUAUGGACAAAUACAUAGGUCCUUCCGACAAAGUUCAUAACCCUCCUGGAAGCGCGGAUUGUCCUCGUCCAAUUCGACCAUCAUAUUCAACUUUGUCAUUCUCUCUUUCGAGGUUUAGUGCGGAGAGCAGUGGUACUGAUUGUCUUGAUAGCGGAAUUUCUCCUUUCAUUACAGGAGGGGAACCUUCAUAUAAUUCACCUUACCUUGAGGGUGCACAUCUGGAGGCCAGAGAAAUUGCCAUGAUGAGGUACAAAGAGAAGAGGAAGUCUCGACUGCAUGAAAACAAAAUUCGUUACCCCUCUCGGAAAGUUAGAGCUGAUAUUCGGAAGCGGGUAAAAGGAAGAUUUGUGAAGACAGAGGGCUAUGACUCUGAUGGUAUUGAUGUGACAAGAAGCUGUUAGCUUUGCAUCUUGGAGUUGUACAUAUUUCAAUUCUGGAGUGAAAUAGCCCCCAUGGGGCACUCAUGUUUAUUAGCUUCAAUUCGACACAUUCGUGGCACUCAUGUUUAUGGCUUUAAUUCAACCAAUUCUUUCAAUCCCAUGUAUGUGUAUAGUCUGUGCUCAAGUUCUAUCAGAGAGGCAAAAAGUCUCAAAUGCUUUGUAUUGAUGAAAGUUCUUUAUGCGUCUGUAGAGAAGAGAUUCUGGGAGAAUAAUUUCCCUAAAACUUCAGUUGAGUCCCUGUAUAAGUUUCUACUGAUUGUACGUAACAAUCUCUUCAUUCCCUGUUAUGAAAAAUUAGUGAACUGUCACUU